UAACGAAUUGUUGUUCUACGUUUUUGUUUGUCAAUUUCUCGAUUUCGAUGUCCGUUGGUGCCACAGAACUAUUGCAAACUCGUUUAAAAAAACUGUUUUUAAUUUUACAUCUAAUUUUCUUGUAGUGCGCCGUGCGUGAAAAAUUAACUAUGAAAUGUUACUUAGUAACAAUACCUAUAGUGUUAGAAAUAUCGAUACAUUUACAGGCUGGCUCAAAAAUAUAUUGACAAAAUUGUUUAUUGCGGCAUAUUGUCGAUUUUAACAAGUGUUUGCGUUCAAAUAUCAAUGCCAAAAAGAAUAACCAAGAGCUUUAUACACCAUUGAUGGCAUUGAUACACGGCAAAUAAAUUAUAGUUAAAACCAAAUAACUCCCGAAGAUACCAACAAGUUUAGUGAAAGUGCUACCAUGAAAUUUGCAGUGAAAUGUUUCAUUAUUGUAGCGGUACUAGUGGAAGUCACUAGUCGUGAUUUAAAUGAGACGGAAAGGGCCGCCCGCGCUGCUUUCGUUCAGAAACUUCUAAACAAGCAAAAACUAGCUGAAGGGAGAAUAAGGCUUGUCGGCGGUCCAAACCAAUUUGAAGGCAACGUAUAUAUCUACCACGGAGGCCGGUGGGGCGCUGUAUGUGACGAUUCUUGGGACGACGCGGCCGCCCAGGUAGUCUGCAGUCGUUGGAACCGGAGCGGAGUCGCCACACACGCUGCGCAGUACGGAGAGGCGAAAAGAAAGUUCUGGAUGGACGACGUUGUCUGCGAAGGCACAGAGCCAUCCCUUCACCACUGCAUCUUCAGCGGCUGGGGCUCAUCCGACUGCGAGCCUUCUGAAGCCGCUGGUGCCAUCUGUACUGAAGCUCCAGUGGCGCUGGUGAAACCGCGAAGGAGGAGCUUGCUUGAGACACUGGAUGGCGAUGCUAGGUUGAGGCUUGUUGGCGGGAGAAGUCAUAAUGAAGGAAGAGUUGAGAUAUACUACAAAGGCAAAUGGGGCAGCAUUUGCGCAGACGGCUGGUCUCUCUACGAAGCCAUACCCGUCUGCUGGCAUUUAGGCCUCGGCUACGCAGCGCAGGCCUCGCAAACGACCGUGUUUGGGGCCUCGAAGAUCGUCCUUAGCGGCGUGGAGUGCCAGGGGAAUGAGAAGAGUCUGUUUGAGUGCAGUCAUGAAGUUAUCGGAAGGGUUAAGUGCCCGGGGGAUGUGGGUCAUGUAGCAGCAGUGGUGUGUACAGACCGCCUUGCAGAUUUAGAGUUAGACACCGUCGCCAUAGAGAGAUCGGCACAUCUUCAAGACGUUCCUAUGUAUCUUCUACAAUGCGCUAUGGAGGAAAAUUGCCUCAGCAAGACCGCAUACGAGAUCCAGAAAUCCAACCCCGCCUGGCAGUAUGAGACACGGCGUCUACUACGGUUCACCGCUGCUUCUCUUAACAUCGGCAAUGAUGAGUUCCGGCCCUACUUACCUAAACAUCUGUGGCAGUGGCAUCUUUGUCACAUGCACUAUCACAGCAUGGAAGUAUUCGCAACGUUUGACGUUCUUAAUGCGACUGGGCACAGAGUGGCAGAGGGCCAUAAGGCCUCCUUUUGUCUAGAAGACAAUACUUGCUUGCCUGGUGUGGAGAAGAAGUAUUCUUGCAAGAAUUAUGGGGAUCAAGGCAUUUCCGUCAACUGUUCCGAUAUCUACAUGUACAACAUCGACUGUCAAUGGGUCGAUGUUACCGACGUUGAGUUGGGUGACUACACUUUUAAGGUAGCGGUUAAUCCACACGCCCGCAUAGCAGAGCAGCAGUUCCACAAUAACGCAGCGACUUGUGUACUACGGUUAUCAGAGACUUACGCGAGCGUGUAUGGAUGUACACUGGGACGACCAUAGUUUAUAAUAUAAAGGAUCCACACGCCCGUAUUGCAGAGCAGCAGUUCCACAAUAACGCAGCGACUUGUGUACUAUGGUUAUCAGAGACUUACGCGAGCGUGUAUGGAUGUACACUGGGACGACCAUAGUUUAUAAUAUAAAGGAUCCACACGCCCGUAUUGCAGAGCAACAGUUCCACAAUAACGCAGCGACUUGUGUACUACGGUUAUCAGAGACUUACGCGAGUGUGUUGGAUGUAUACUGGGACGACCAUGGUUUAUAAUAUAAAGGAUCCACACGCCCGUAUUGCAGAGCAACAGUUCCACAAUAACGCAGCGAUUUGUGUACUACGGUUAUCAGAGACUUACGCGAGCGUGUAUGGAUGUACACUGGGACGACCAUAGUUUAUAAUAUAAAGGAUCCACACGCCCGUAUUGCAGAGCAAGCAGUUCCACAAUAACGCAGCGACUUGUGUACUAAGUAGUCCGUAUGUCUUAUGGGUAGGACAAAUAGGUGUAGGCACGACAUUUUAAAAUCUAUGGCCGUCCAAGUGUGCAGCCAUACACGCUCGCGUAAGUCUCUGAUAACUAUAGUACACAUUGUGUACUAUGGUUAUCAGAGACCUGGUCGUGGUGGUCGUCCUAUUUGUCCUACCCAUAAGACAUGCGGCAUACUUAUGUACAGUCAGCAAAACUAAUAGCUUAGCAACUGCAUAUAUUUUUAUAUUUGGUUCCAUCCAAUACACACUCCCGCCACUACAAAAUAUGUGUCUAGGUUGACUUGCCAUAUCCGUUGUAACCUUCCCAUUCCCCCGUGGAAUCACAGAAGAGAAAUGUUAACUUGACCAAACCCUCAUUUUGUGAAGUAUAAAUAUUAAACUCUCGCUGUAGGUAUAACCAGAAUACAUUCUGUAUAUAUUGCAGGAUUUAAAUAAAUAAUAAAACACGUGUGAUUUCUAAACCACUUUUAUUUACAAUACCUUAACUUUACUAUCACAAUGCCAACAAUAUCUAAUUGAGCCAUUAUAAUUCUAUUGUACUCUAAAAUAACACCCAUUAUCAAACCAAUAAAGUCCUAUUUACAAUGAC